AUGGGAAAACAAAUCAACAUAGAGAGUAGUGCUACUACUCACCACCAAGACAAUAAUGCUUCCGUUAUAACAACCUCCACCAUCGCCGCCGUCACUUCUUUGUCAGAAACUUGGUCUUCCUCCAAAAGAACUAUAGUGCAAGACAAUGAAGCUGGCGGAAAACGGCGGAAGAGCAAUGGUGGCAAUGAUAAUAAGAAUCCGACGUCGUAUAGAGGAGUAAGGAAGAGGAGCUGGGGAAAAUGGGUGUCAGAGAUUAGAGAGCCAAGGAAGAAAUCGAGAAUCUGGCUUGGUACUUAUCCAACGGCUGAGAUGGCAGCUCGAGCUCAUGACGUAGCGGCUUUAGCCAUUAAAGGCAACUCCGUUCAGUAUCUCAAUUUCCCUGAAUUAUCCGGUUUGCUUCCUCGUCCGGUUAGCUGCUCUCGCAAGGAUAUACAAGCUGCAGCUGCCAAAGCCGCAGAAGCCACGUGGCAAGAACCGGUCGUUGAUGAGCUAAGACAUUCCGAGCUGUCUGCGGCUCAGUCUUCGACUUCAAGCAGUUUCUUGUUUUGUGCGGACACGUUAGAUACUUCGAGUACGGACAAGGAAAGCAACGAAGAGACGGUGUUCGAUUUGCCGGAUCUUUUCACGGGAGGGUUUAUGAACCAAAACGACGCGUUUCGUUGCUACGACAGCACGACCACUUGGCAGCUUUAUGGAGAGGAUGUAGGGUUCAGGCUUGAAGAGCCCUUUGCUUGGCUAGAUGACUAAAGUAGCCUGCCGUUGUUUACUUACGUAUAUGUAUAUAAUCCAUGCAUGCGGAGAUGGAAGGUCUACUUUGGGCAGUCUCAUGCGUGCGUCAUAUGGGAUUAUCCUCGGUACGGUUCGAAACGGACUGCUCUGACCUAGUAGAUAUGGUUACUAACUCGGAGGAAUGGCCGGCCUUCACAACGGAAAUCGAGAUACUCCAGAGACUUCAUGAGGGCUUUGAGGAUAUGAGUGUGUAUCAUAUUCCUCGGAGUAGGAAUGCUCGAGCGGACGCAUUAGCAAAGGCAGCAAGGAAAAAAGGAUUUAUCUUCUCCCAUAUAGAUCAGACCAGGUCAUACGGAGAUACUCCACGGAGGAUCGACUCGUAUGACUACCACUUGAUCUAGAUAGAAUGGGUCGCUGACAAAAAAAAAAAAAAAAAACUAACUUUCACUAUCUUUUUUCUUUUCUUUUUGAUAUUUUUUUCUUUUCUUUUUGUUAAUUUUCUACGUGUGCGUAUGUUAUUAAUAAAUU